UGGUUUACCUGCUGUGAUUCGUCUUUCAGCGCAGUCGGGGACCCGUUUCCAGAGUGAGAGAAAACGAUGGGGAUUUCCGGCCUGGGUCUGGCCUUGCUGACACUGGCUUCCCACCAGGUGCUGACGUCGCUCGGGGCCCCAGCUGCUGCUGAAGCCACGACCCCCGGGAAGCAAUCCGGAGAGCAAGGACAAGUGGUCAGCGGAGUCGGGGGAUCCGCGGCGGGGAUCAACGGGGGAUCAUCCAGUUCCUGGGACAAGGUGUGGUCGCCAAACUUCCAGGACUAUUGGGGCGUCUUUCAGCCAGCUUUCGAGAACAACUCGAUGAGCAACGUGUCAGUUCACGCCGGGGAAGUCGCUUUUCUUCCGUGUCCCGUGCGUUUCCUGGGCGACAGAUCGACUUUGCCUUCGAUCAUCACGUGA